GAAACUGAGUACAGUUAACUAAAACAAGGAAACUCGAUUUCAUCAAUCUAUUUUUAUUGAAAUGUUAAUCGAUAACAUAUGACUUUAAUCAUACAUUUAAGCAUGUGAUAACACAAUUCCAAAAACUAUAAGCUAUAACAUUGGAAAAUUCGGUCCAUUUUUUGUUGAUGGAGGGACAAUACACCUGCUAAUAGAUAGAAUGUCUUCCAUCGUACAAAAUAAUGCCGCAGAACCAUUGUUGGCAGGUACUGAAGCUAAUGGUGAAGGAAAUCCUAACUCAACUGGAUACGGUUCUAUCGACGAAAGGCCGCGAUUUACAAGGAAUAAGCUGUUCAUAGUUGGAUGUAUUUUGAUGACCGAAUUAUGUGAACGUUUGACGUAUUACAGUGUGAUAGCCAAUUUGAUAUUGUUUUGUACUUCUACUUUGGAUAUUUCUUCGACUGGUGCAGCAAGAAUCAGUUUAAUAUUUUCUGGUUCAGUAUUCAUUGUACCAAUUUUUGGAGGAUAUCUGGCAGACGCUUUCGUAGGAAAGUUUAACAUAAUAUUAGGAUGUGGACUAAUUUACGUCAUCGGAUUAGUUCUACUACCAGCAUCGGCUGUUGACUACAAGAAUAAUUGGUUUGGACUUCAUAACAAAAUAUCUACUGAAACAAGAAGAGGAUUGUUCUUGUCAUCACUUGUCCUAAUUGCAAUAGGGACUGGAGGUAUAAAGGCUAAUGUUGGACCAUUUGGUGCUCAACAGGUUGAAAGUCUGGGACCAAAAGCUGUGCAAUCUUUCUUUAACUGGUUUUAUUGGUUUAUAAAUGUCGGUGCUAUAAUUGCCUAUUCCGGUGUAGCAGCCGUACAACAGGAUGUUGGGUUCGAUGUUGGUUUUCUCAUUCCAUUAAUAAGCAUGAUAAUAGCACUUGUUAUUUUCGUGCUGAAUAAAUCAAAGUAUAUUUCUUCGCCUAUUAAAGGCAGUGUUCUCAAGGAUACCAUUGGUGUUUGUUGUGCUACCAGAUGUAAGGGUUUCGACCAUGCAAGGGAAGAUGAGGGUGGCCCUUACAGUAAUGAGAUGGUGAACGGUGUAAUAGCAGUCCUACGUAUUCUACCUGUAUUUUUAUUGAUAAUUGUGUAUUGGGCAAUUUAUUCACAGAUGGGUACAACACUUUUCUUGCAAGGUGAAAGAAUGGAUCUCAAAGUAGGGUCCGGCAAUGUACCUGUUGCAGUGCUUAACAUAUUUGACACGAUCAUAAUUAUAAUUUUAAUACCAAUAAUGGAAUCGUUGGUGUAUCCAUUUUUGACACGGAUCAACAGAUCACCUUCGCAUUUACAAAGAAUGGGAAUUGGAAUGAUUUUCGCUGCAAUGGCAAUGUUUGUGGCAGGUAUUCUAGAAAUUUACAGAAAGAAGGAUAUAAGUAUCAUAGGCCAAAAGCUUGCUGGUAACACAUUUAAUGCGUCAUCUAUAUCAGUAUUUGCUCAGGUACCACAGUUCACUCUGAUAGGUGCCAGUGAAGUAUUUACAAGUAUAUCAGGGUUGGAAUUCGCUUAUUCUCAAGCACCAAUGUUUAUGCAGGGCGUUUGUAUGGGAUUGUUUUUGGCGACCUCUGGAAUUGGUAAUUACGUAGCUGAACUCAUUUUAGUAAUUGUAGUUGCUGUGACAGGAUCACAGCCGCCAGAUUCUUGGUUUCCCGAUGAAAUAAAUGAUGGAAAAACAGAAUACCUUUUCUUCUUGCUGGGAAUUUUAAUGUUUAUUAACUUAGUGAUAUUCGCUAUUGUUGCCUACUUUUACAAAUACCGGAACCGAGACAACUAUGAAAUUUCCGUUACCGCUUGAUCUUAACCUGCUUAGCGAUAUAGGUUUACAUAACUGAUCAGGUCGUGACGCCCAUACAGUUAAGAGUUUAAUUUGAUCUCAUUGAGUUGUAUAGAGACGUAUUUGUUGUCAACAAUUGCAAAUUAUAUUUU